CGAGCCGGGCCGCUUCAUGCCACACGCGCAUAUUUCACGGUGUGCUUGAUAUCGAGGCCAAACACGCUGAGUAGAGCAAGAACCCUUGCUCAGUCCUUGAUUUGUCCCGAUCGACAUCCCGGUACACCCUCGAGCUUUCACAUCUUGGUACAAGAUACAUACAUCGGUGAAGGCCCGACCCCAGACGGCGCAGAAACUCAUAUGAUUAUUAGUUUCCCCAAUAAGAAAACAUGCCCGCUGUGAACCUGUCUCUGCAGCAGACCCCCGGUAUCUUAUAUACGAUACCGGGGACCCCUCUGCGGCUCUUGUUCACCUGCUUAGGAUUCACUUCCCUCGGUGUGCUGCUACUGGUGUUUAAGAGAAGAUAUAAGUCACAAACCCCAACUUACACUAGUCAGCUAGACGCCAGCCCUACUACCGCGAACAGACCUUGGAUUUCAGAAAAGUCUCGUGGGGUUAUCUUUCAGAACGAGGUCAUGUCACUGAAACAGCCAUCAGGAGCUUCACAGCUGGGGGCUGAUAGGAACUUGGGCGAAGGGCAAAAGAAACACACUAUGGAUAUGCCUAGAGACCGAGAUAGCAGCGAAGGGCAUCAGGGGGAUAUGGCAGCUCCCGUGAACAUAGAAGCAGGCAUGCCACUGAUCUUUAAAUCUGGCCCGCCGCCGCCGCCGCCGCUAACACCACCUACUCUCUUAAUAGGGGUUUUUACUUUUCAAGAUCGCCGGCUAAGCGCUGCGGCUUCUACCAUGGGUGCUCUGGAUACGAGCUUCUUCCACCAGCCGAAUCCAGAUUAUACACUGUCAGAUUCACCCGAGUCGAACACGACUGCAUUGGCCCACGAUCAAGAUUCUCCCUCCAUUCCGAGGAGACGGUCGUACGCAAAGAUGCUACCCCUCGGACCAGCGCAUACGGACUCGGAACACGAUGGGGCAUCUUUUGCCCCCAGCUCAUUCCCGUCUUCAAGUCCAAUCUUGCCCCUUGCGCCGCACGAAUCGCUCGAUUCCAGGGAGAUCGACGUUAAGGGCGAGAUUAUAUCGGUAACGGACGAUUCAGGUGCUGGUUGGAAGCGGCAUACACGAGUGUACGGCGGAGGUGUUUGCUUGGCUUGCCUAGCGUCUGGUAGCCAGGGAGGAUUCUACGGUGAUAAUGUCCCCCUUGAACAUCGCCGUUAACCAUCGGGAGGUAUCCAACGAGAGAACAGUGGGCUGGGUUUUGAGAUCCCAACAAAGGAGGAGCAUCAAACGACUCAGCUCAUCUCAGCAUAUUGAGGCACGAGCGGCGUCCCGAAGGAGCCGGAGGAGUUCCGAUGAGUUUUACUUUUUUUUUUCUUAUG